UGCACGAUUCUCGAGAUGUUCACAUUAACUCUGUGCUGUAUUCUUCUCGUUGAGAUUUACCUAACUUCAGCACAGGUUAUUUUUGGUGGCGGCUGUCCAAAAGUGGACGUGUUUCAGAAUUUCGACGCAACUCAGUAUAUCGGCAAGUGGUACGAGUACGAACGAUUUUUCUUCGUCACGGAGUAUAACGACAGAUGUGUUUCCGCUAACUAUACCCUGAAAGACAACGGCCAUGUCAAGGUCUUUAACCAGGGUGUCAAUAAAGAUACAGGGGCCAUUUCUACCUCCAUUGGUGAUGCUUUCGCUCCAAACGCCAGCGAGGCAGCCAAACUGAAAGUUCAAUUUGCAGGUGGUCCCCUAGGUAACUACUGGGUUUUGGAUACGGAUUAUAAGACCUAUACGGUGGUGUGGAGCUGUGUGGAGCCACCAAUCCACCUGGCUCAUGCUGAAGUUACUUGGAUUCUCAGUCGAGAUCGUUCUGGAAUUUCCGAGUACAGGAAAAUGGAAAUAUACAAUUUAUUAAAGAAAUAUAAUAUAGAUACUAGUAAAUUUCAGAAAGUUAAUCAGAAAAACUGUAUCAUCUGA